GAGCUUCCGUCUCCAUCUGAUCCCACUGAAUCUCAAGUCUGACUUGUAGACAGCAGUCAGACUUAUUAUUUCACCCGGAGAGAAAAUCAGAGGAAUUGACUCAAUGAUUAUAGACGAAAGAAAAGACAAUACUGAGCAGCAACGCAAGCUGGCAGGACUGGAAAAACACCCAGAGGUCCAGCAUGGGGUUGAGUCCCAAGAGAAGCAGAUGAACGGCGAUGUCCCAUUAAAUUCCAUCAUCAAUGACAAAAUGAAACGAGCCGAUCUGGACUGGACAGUUCCCAUGGUUGUGCACCUGCCCAUUGCAGUUCUGAACCACGAGCAGGCAUUCCCCUUCCUGAACACCACACUUGCUGACCUGGGGAUUGAUGAAUCAGCUGUGAAGGAGCGUGUGGUGUGGGUGGACUCAAAGCGCACACAGGUAAAGGGAAAAUCUGGGAAGCUGAAGGAGAAAGAGGUGACGCUUCUAGAGAUGCGGGUGAAAGCGCAGCAUCCUGGAGAACGUCAGAGUCAGGAGGUGAUUUACAGCACUGAGUCUCACACUGACCGCUCAUUCUGCAGAAGCGGAGUGGACAUCCAGCCGUGGAGACACACACAGCCAGCUGAAAAUGAACUCCAGCCGGUAGAAAUGACUCUGCCUUUGGACACAGCAUCUGAAUCCAAGACCAAAGGCCAGAAAACCCAAGAAAAGUUUGACUUGCCAGGAGAGAAGUGAAUGGAAGACAUUUGACAGCAAGGCUAAAGCAAUCUAACAGAAAUAGAGUUGCAUAGAAGACUUUCAUUUCAUCUUUUGAACAUGUAUACUCUAAUCUACAUUCUAUGUGCAAUGCUGCAUUUGAAGUAUUUUAACCUUUAAUGUGGUUGAAUAUCUAAGGUUUUUAUUAACAAUUCUUUUUUUAAAAGAGGUUUUAAGUUCUUGCUAUUUUUGUAUUUUAAAAUAAUCAGCAUUUAAUCAAACAACAUUACAUGUUAAAAACUGAUUUUACAUGCAUAUAGAAAGCAUUUUAAAAGCUAGGGUCUGAUUUAAUGCAUUUUGUGAAAAUAACAUUUCAAAAUGUGUGUGACGUGGUUCCAUCGUCAUUCUGUUUAACAGAUAUAUUUCAGAUAUAUUUCACCUAAAUAAAAGGUAAAAGAUUAUGAAUACGCUGAAAUUUAGAAACUCUAGCAGUUGGAUCAUUUCUAUUCUAAAUACAGUAUCCUUUUAUAAACUAUUGUUAAACUGAAUAACAUUUUAGUGGGUGUCUAUUGUAAAUCACUGUAAAAAAUGUUUUUUUUUUUUGCCUAAAAUAAAACAUCACAUUCUAAUGUA